CGUUCGGACUUAUUUCUUAUAGCAAUUAAUUAGACCGAGUCUGAAAAGAAAUCAAUUAGUAUUUGCGACGUGUUCUAGUUAUCCGAUUAGGAGACACUAGCCAAAGACUUUAGAAUGGCAUUCCUUGGACGCAUGAACAGCCAAGGUGAACUGAUUGAGCGGGAAGUACUGCUGGGUAGUCCCACAAAGUGCCAGCGUCUUCCGCAAAUGUCACCUUUGGAGGGUGGCAUGGAUUAUGAGCCCGACACAGAAACAUUGCGGACUUAUGUAAAAACCUAUGAUUCGGAUUGCAGCACCUUGCGCUGUCACACACCCAUCUCGGGCUUGGAGAGUUCAGGCUCGAGCACCGUGCGCUUUGUGGCCAGCUCGGCCUCGUCCACGGAGUUAAGCUCCGUGGCCGAGACCUAUACGUCCACGCUGCGUUGCGCCUCGCCGAUAUCCAGCGGAGCGCUGAGCUCUGCACCCGAGACGGAAACAGAAACCGAAACGCUGCGCUAUGCUCCGCAAGAGGAGGAUUCAAUGCAUUCUAGUGCCAGCAGUGUGAAUAAUUUGGUCGAGCAGUGUGAAAUCCGUGCUGGGGCACAGCUGGACAAAGGGUCGACGAUUUCUAUGUGCAGCUGGGACCCCAUGUACGACGAUAUGAAGCCUAACGAAGAAGAGGAGGGGGAUGAGGAGUAUGAGGAUGAAGAGGCCGAGGGGGAGGAGGAGGAGAGCCAGAGCUAUUCCAUGCCAACAGAGAUCGAUAGCACGAGCUACAUUGUGCCACCCUUAGAGCUGCAGUCCGUUUCAGGCUCCUUGAGCUACGAAGAAGUAAUGAAGUUGGAGCGCUCCUCCAGUGAGGCAUACGAAAAUUGGCUAACAGCUAAGGAACGACAACGCCAGUACAAGCAACAUACAGAGCGCUUGGCACGCGAGCAAAUGGAACAAGAGAACUUACGUCGUCAGGAGCUGGCUGCGCAGCGUUUCCAGCAAUGGUGUGCGCAAAAGGCACGUCAGGCCGCUAAAAAUGAUGCGAAGAAGGAUCAGGGAUUCUACAAAGACGAGAUCAAUGGCCUGGAUACUAUUCGCUGUGUGCAUGCCUGGGAGCUGCGAAAGCUCAAGGAAGAAGAAAGACGUCGUGAGCUUUUGCAGCGCCAGGCCCUGAAAAAGCAACAGCAGCAUCAGCAGCGCAAACUGAAGGCUCAACAUGCCUGGGAGCAGUGGAUGAAGAACGUGGACCAGCGACCGAAGCCAGUGCCGCUCAAUCAGGGCCUCGAAUCUCUGCGCGGCACCGUCUCCAAAAUAUUCAUCAAUCCCAAUCAUUGGGUGACUGAAUAAAUGAGCAUAAUAAAUAGCUGUA